AUGGAGACGGUGCACAAGAAAUUGUUAGCUGAAUGGAAUAAGGAGCCUAAGGUCUUGACUGCAGUUAAUAGUGCACUAAAACAAGUUAAGAAAAUGAUGGAGAAUCCAGAAACGCUGAGAGACUUAAGCAGUGCUGCGCUACAUAUUAUACAUCGAGAUGUUUAUGAAAUUGAUGCCCUCUAUGCGGUGCUUCAAUCGGAUCUCAAAGCUUUUCAUGAAGCGAUCAGUGUUGUGAUGAAUUUUUACGAUUGUUACAGGUCAAAUGAAGAGUCACCAAAUAAGUUCCUAAUGAUUGGUUUGAAUUUGAUGUACUUUUUAACUACCAAUCAACAUGCACAAUUCCAUAUGUUGUUGGAACAGAUCGACCAAAAUGUUCAACAGAACAAUCCAUAUAUCACAACACCGGUAAAAUUGGAACAGUCACUCAUGGAGGGUGUUUAUAAUAAGGUUGUUCUUACAGAGAAAAACAUCCCCAGUCCGUAUUAUGCUCUUUUUAUCCGUAUAUCUAUGGAUACAGUACGAGAUGAGAUAGCUUCAUGCAUCGAGUGUUCCUUCAAAAAAGUUUCACAGAAAGAUGCUGCGCAGUUGCUUCUUUUCAACAAUGUCAGUGAAGUCAUUCCCUUUGCAAAGAAGCGCUCCUGGAAAAGUUUGGACAACACGUAUAUUUUCGAACAGGGAUUGUCUGGGCCGCUUCCUAAAGAACAGCUGGAUACCAAAAGAAUUGCAAAACAAACAAUAUUCUACGCGAAGCAACUUGAAAUGAUCGUGUAA